GGCCAUAACACAAAGCUCCCAGUCUGACUCGCAUGGUUGUGUCUACCCCGUUACAGCCUGGUAUAAGUGAAAUCCAGCCCGCUUUCAGCAGCUCCCCCCCGUUAACACGGACCAAAGUUAUCCCGGAAUAAGGACAGCACGCAUGUGCCGUCAACCCGGAUGUAGAUAUUUUGUAUGCGUCUAUUCCCCAUUUCACCAAGUUAUGACAAAUUUUCUGGUCAAGAAUGAAUUAUAGGUUUUAGCACCGGCUGGACAAAGCUUUGCCAUUCCAAACCACUCCAAACCGGGUUAACUAGCCGUGACAUGUGUCGACCUACGUGGAUGUCUCACGUGAGUGACAGCUCCACAACAAUCUCUUUCCGAAGAGCUGCACUUUUGAUUUACGAAUACGUCCUGUAACUUAGAGGAUGGACUUUCGUGGUAGGAGGCAUGAGCGAGGCAGCAACUGGACCGACCCGGAGAUAGUGGAGCUGCUCCAGCUGUGGUCCGACGAGUCGGUCCAGAUUGAACUGGAGAGUUCACUGCGCAACCAGCGAGUGUUUGACCGCAUAGCCCACAUCUUGCGUGAAAAGGGCAUCUAUCGCACAGGUGACCAGUGCAGGGAAAAAAUCAAGAAGAUGAAGCUGGAGUACCGCCGCAUCAAAGACAACCACAAAAUGAGGUCCUGGAAGUUUUAUGAUGUGAUGGACAGAGUGCUGGCGAACCGACCCGCCAUUACCUACUCCUCCCUGGGCGGAGCUGUCAUAGCUCAACAGGUGUUUCAGAGCCCAGGUGGGGCCGAUGCCUACCUGCAGGGAGUUCCGGCUGGCUCCUUUGGUCCUGCUUCCUCGGGUGGGUUUCUGUUUGGACAGCCUCCAAAAACGGGAGAUCCACUGGAUAUAAAAUGUGAAGAUGUUGAAGAGAGCAUGCUGAACUCAGGUGUUGCACCCCCUGAGAUGUACUAUGGAUCUGGAGAUGACCAGGAAACUGAUGGGCAAUCUCUACUGGGGGCAGAGGACACUCUGGGUCGAGGAGAGAGCUCAACAAAUGCAAGAAUCUCACCUUCAGGUUUCAGUGACCUGAACAUUUCUGGCUCUGCCACAGCUGUCACCCAGGCUGUUGGUGGUCCUGUGCCACUGGAUGCAUCCGAGCAACCCAGUAAGGAGGGUUCCAAUACCCCAGCUUCCGUGAGACAGAGGAAGCGUCGCCGUGGUGGGAAAACAUCCUGGAGCCACGGAGGUGCUAGAUGCGGGGGUCGGGGGAGCCUGGAUAAAGCCCUGGCCAGCUUCCUGAACUGGCAGCAGUCAGCAGAGGAGCGCCUCCUCUCACUGGAGGAGGCCCGGCUGGAGAGGGAGCUGCAGGCCGAGGAGCGCAGGGAGCAGCGGGAGGAGAGGAGGGCGGAACAGGAGCGCCAGCAUGAGCUCCGCUUGUUCAGCAUGCUCACGGGGGCACUGGCUGCUGUCGGACAGGUUGCUCCAACUGUCGCGACAGCGCAGACCGACCCCUCUGUCUCACCCCUAGCUCAUCUGUCAGCUUCACUGAUGACCACGGCCACCCCCUCCGACUUGUCGUCUUUAUCUCAGCAGCCUCCAGAAGCUCCCAAGGCACAGGCUGUUUCCACUCAGGAGACAACAACGUCAACACCGCCUACAUCUGUCACAGCCUGCAAAAUGUCUCAGAAUGGUUUGGCAACUCUGAGAGGUGCGGAAACCCCCGGCCGUAGCGUGUACCUGUCUAAUCGUGGUAAUAGCAUCCGACAGCAUCAAGGCAUUCUUCAGGAAGGCUAUGCCCAAUAUGGAAUGGACAAACACCAUGACACGGACAACCCUGAUGGUAUAAUCAACAUGGGAACUAGUGAGAACAAACUGUGCUAUGAUCUCCUUCACAAGCGGCUGACCAAGCCUGACAUGCUACAUAUUGACCCAUCCUUGUUGCAGUAUUCAGACUGGAGGGGCCACACAUUCCUGAGAGAGGCGGUUGCAAAGUUCCUGACCCAAUACUGCUAUUCUCCAAACCCACUCAAAGCUGACAAUGUUGUGGUGAUGAAUGGCUGUGGUUCCCUCUUCUCAUGUAUUGCUGCAGUAAUUUGUGACCCUAAAGAUGCCAUUCUUAUUCCUACUCCUUUCUACGGUGUUAUCACUGAGGAUCUGGAUUUGUACAGUGACGUUAAACUCUUCCAUGUUCCUCUGGACUGUGAGGCUGAUGGCAAAGACAGUCGACCCUUCCACCUCACAGUAGAGAAAUUAGAAGAAGGUCUGCAAAGGGCUAAGCAGGAGGGGUUGAUGAUCCGAGCUGUUAUACUGAUGAACCCCCACAACCCUCUGGCUGAGAUCUACACCCAGAAGGAGAUGAUUGCCUUCUUGGAGUUUGCCAAAAAAAAUGAGCUCCACGCCAUUGUAGAUGAAGUGUACAUGCUGACGGUCUUUGAUGAAUCUGUCACCUUUCACAGUGUCCUCAGUGUAGACAGUUUGCCCGACCCACAGAGGACACAUGUAAUGUGGGGGAUGAGCAAGGACUUUGCAAUGGCAGGAAUCAGAAUAGGCACUCUGUAUACUGAGAAUAGAGACCUUGUGGAGGCCUUGGCCCAGCUGGGCUCAUUCCACGGUAUCUCUGGAACCACACAGCACCAGGUGGCACAGCUGCUUCAGGACAGAGAGUGGAUCAACAAGGAGUUUCUGCCUGAGAACAGAAGCAGACUGAAAGCUGCUCACAGCUACCUGAUAGGAGAGCUGCAGAGCAUGGGCGUUCCCUACCUAGACAGACCUGCUGCCCUGUACGUCUGGGCUGACCUCAGGAAGUACCUCAGAGAGCGUCAGUUUGAGGAGGAACUGUCUCUGUGGAGGGGUUUCCUCAGGCACAAGGUGGUGUUGAGCUGUGGUCAGGCCUUCUCCUGCUCCACUCCUGGCUGGUUCCGCAUCGUCUUCGCUGACCAACAGCACCACCUUCAGCUUGGCCUGAAGCGAAUCAGGGAGGCCUUGAAAGAAAUCGAAGAAAAAAAUGGCAGUCCUGAUUCACACUCCAUCAAAGAAGCCACUGAGGAGAGCAAAAAGUCAGUGAAAGAGGACAGUGCGGAUUCAGACAAUGCUGCAAUUGUUAAUUCAACAUCAUCACCCCAAAGCAAGUCAUCAGACCAGCUGAAGGAGAAGGAUAGCCCUGUUCCUGACACAGGCCCGUUGGCCACCGAGGAGUUUGUGUUGCUGGACUGCCAAGCAUCAAAGCCCGCAGAGAGUCUGGACUCUCUGAUUGGUACGCUCAGGCAUCAAAUCCGCUCCUCGGAUUGGCUGGAGAAAAACACUCCGGAGCUGUCUGCCGGAGAGGACCCAGAGAUUCUUGAUGUAUUCAAGGCCCUGCUGCAAAGAGCCAGAAAGUAAGCUUAGGAUAAACGGGCACGAACGUAGCUGCCAGAUUUCAAGAGGCAGUGCUUAAGCAUCCCUCUUGCUCCCUGCUUUUACGCUGAGAAGCUCGACUCAAACACCUGACACGAGGUCAAAUCUGAUGCCUGUUUUUGAGGAGUGAAGAGGAAACAUUAGCUGCGAGCUGGCUAAAGAGGAGAGAGGAGGAAAAGCAAUGCAGGCAAGGCCAGGAUGGAAAAACAGGACAGAGUACUUUUUUUAAUCUGUAUCUUGAGGCCUUACUUUUAAGCUGCUAGAGGAGUUGGCCUUGCUCUUUUGUAACCCAGAGUCAACAGAUCUAUGUUUAUUAACUCAAAUUCUAAGUGAAUGCCAAAUGUAAAUCAGCCAAAAGCAGUCAUGUUCUGUUCUCAAACAUUUUAAGUCUCUUAAUCUGAAUUGUACAUUUUUUAUCAUUUUGAUCAUACGCACUUUAUUUUAUCAGAAGGUAUUGUAUUUCUCUAAAGUUAAUGAUCUGUGAAUAAAUGAAUGAAUUAUUAUGUUUUUGACAAUAAUGUCUCAUGUUAAGUAAAUCUGAAUUUAAAUUUUUAAAUAUUUAAGUAUCUUUGUUUUAUACAAAACACGCUCUGAUGUGAUAUUUUUUAAAACUUGCUUUUGGGUGAUUGUGGGCGCUGUUCCAUUGCAACAAAGGAAAGCGGAGGGGGUGGUAUUUAUGACGAAGGGGAGAGACAUAUGAGGUUGAAAGCACCAUCAGCCACAACACACUGUAGCCCACUGUGAGAAAUCGAGAGUGGGAUUUCCUUAAAUGGUUUGUCGUGCAUAAUGACCUGUUGACACCUCCCCCACACAGUUGCUGCAUAUGACAUAAACAAAUGUCUGGGUGGUAUAUGGCUGUUGAGCGUGUCAAGGGAUUUUUUUUUUUUUUUUUUAUACUUUUUAACUUCCUUUAACAGUUACUCUUUAUUCCUUAUUGCUUAAUGUCAGCCACACAGACUUCUGCUUUCUGAAAUAUUGAAUGACCGUCUUCUGAUUUUUUUAAUGCUUUCACUUUCUUUACAGUUGGGUAGGGAAUUCAGGGGGAAAUCUAAGCCCGGGGGGGGGGAGUUUCCAUUGCAGCAGAGGCGGAGUAACACUGAGGGGUUUGAUCUGCAAGUGAGGGCUUGCGGUCAUGAGCAGUACAAAUAAUGAGUUGUCAGGGUGUUGAAUGUGUUUGUAUAGGAGUGUUUGUACAGUAGUGAAAACCAGCAGCUCCUCUACUCUUAACUUUGUUCUAUUCGUACAAAGACUUAUUUCACAGCUUUGUUCCUGACAGCUUCUUUCUUCAUCAACAACAAAGUGGUAUAGAACUAUGAUGUUUCUGGAGUUAGGAGACUCCAUCAGUCGCUUCAGGUUUGUUCAGUCCUGCGUGGGGUUGGCAGGUUGCCUGUGUGUGUGCUAUGCAGUCUGGACACCAUUCUGGCUGAAGGAGAGGGGGCUCUGGGCAGAGUGGAAUAACACUAAGAGUGACCAGACAACCCCUAAACACGGCACUGUCUUCAGUGCCCUGGAAGCAGAGAGGGUGUUUGGUGUUCUUUCCUUCCUGAUGGCUGUGAGCACCGGUGCUCUGUGUCUGGUGUUUGCCCUCUGCUGGACAUCUCAGACAGGUGCGUUCCUACUCCAACACUCGCUCUCUCCUCAUGGCAGGGCAGGCGCUCUACCCCACCACCCUGCUGCUACUCACCAUGGCCUCUACAGGUUUCUUCUUCCUCCUCAGCUGGUCUUUUUUCACAUAUCAGCACCGCGAAGAAAUCAGUCAAGACUUUUUCAGCCUCGGCUCUUCCUACUGGGUUGGGGCUUUAGGUUGGGUCCUGCUGCUGGUCGUGGAGAUGAUAGUCUUUAUCGCUGAACAAGUUGUUGUGCCAGACAUCCUCCCAGACUUAGAGAAGGCUGUGGAGUCGUGGCGGAUUUCCUCUCAACUUAUGGCCGCUCAGCGCUCUUUCAGUGAUGGGUAUCACCCCGGUAGCAUCAAAAGCAACAUGGCUCUUAAGAGGUAUAUGUCAUCACCUUGAAAGGAGCGCAGAAAUAAGGACACAACGAAGAAAACAGCUGUGUACAUUACACAUUAACGCACAAAGACUCAUGAGAAAACAACAAUUCCUCACUGCUUUCCAUAGCUGUACAACCAAACGGAACACUCAUUUAAGCGUGUUUGAAGUUAAGUGUUGUUUAAAGGAAUUAAGAUGAUCUCAGUCCUGAAACUCUCUGAGACUGAAGGCUUGAGCUUCUUGGUUCUUUGCUUCCCAGAUGACUGCAGUGGAAAUUUUGCCUAUUGUUUUCAUUAUGGACUAGAAUAAAAUAAAAACACUCUAAAGAUGAACAGUACUGGCUGGGAAACUGGGCACUAAAUGUAAGAUGAGAACUGCUCUUUGACAAGGUCAUGGGUAGGAGUAGAAAUCAUAAAACAUCUUCUGGGACCAGAAACAGAUUUAGGUUUUAACUCAACUUGUACGUUUCCUGAAAGUUUCAGUGGGUGCUGCAAUGUACUUUAUGAUGUUAAAGUAGCACCAUCUUGUAAUGUGACACUUUUGACAGUAAAACUCAACCAAAGAGGAGUUAUUUAGUUUAACAUAUUUAAUUUCAUUUGUUGAAAUGUGAGCCAAGCACUUUAAUGGAUGGACAAUACACAUUGUGUUGUUUUCUUUCUGUAUAAUUAUGAUGAGUGAUACAUACAUAACAUAAAUACAGCACAAAUAUCUGUGGCCAUAACCUUUAUGCUUUAUUUUUAUUUUUAAAAAUAGCAGUCUUGUGGAUACUGAAAUAUAAUGCAUGAAUGUUCAACGAACCUUUUGACUGACUGUGCUCAUCCUGUGCUGUCCAAACUCCUCCACGGUUAAAAUAAAAGUUUAGGAAAUUUA